AUGUCCAUCGUCGAGGACGAGGAGGCGGCGGCGGACGGCGCCGAGGUCCUGUCGGCGCUCGGGGACCUCGUCGAGAAGAAGGGCGGCGACCGCGAGGCCGUCGUCGACGGUUGGGCCGUGCGCGCGCGCGUGCGGCCCGGCGACGGCCGCGUCGAGCACGUCUACGUCGACCCCGCCGGGAAGCGGCACCGGUCGCGCAACGAGGUGCUCCGGUGCCUCGGCCUCCUCGCGCCGACGCCGGCGAAGCGCGCGCGCGACGAGGCCGCGGGCGCUCCCGAGGCCGCCGGCGACCCCGCGCCGCCCGCGGCCCCGCCGCCGGAGAAGCGGCCGCGCGCGAAGAACCCGGACAUCGACCUCGCGGCCUUUGG